AUGGCAUCGCAGCCCAAUUUCUCCUUCUUUGGCACAUCGAAGCCAGUUCUUCCUUCAGCCUCUCGUACGCAAGAGAUUGAAUCAACGCCGGCUAAAACCUCAGAACGAAGGGUAUCUUCAUCUGCUGUUAUCAGCCAGCGCAUCAAGAAUCUUGAGAAGAACGUUAAAGCCAGAAAUAAAUACCAUAAGAGUUCUGCAAGUCCUGAAAUUGUGCUCUUAGCUUCCAAUAAACCCUUCCGGCGUCUUCUCGCCUACGCCGCAACCGAAUGCCGGUAUGGUUCAGUUACUUCCAUUGCAAGUUUGCCGCAUUUGUCUUCUUCAAAUAUCUCUGAUCUGUUAAUGGAGUUUGAUUCAAUCUUCAAAGAGAAAGCUUUUGAAGUCAUGGCAGAUUUGGAUAGUUUGCUACUUGAGGCUGCCUGUCGGACCAGCACACCGACAAGGAAGAACCAAACCAAUGCCCAUUCAAGAUGGCGAGGAGAAGCUUCUGGUAGUGGAUCCAAUGAAAAUGGUUAUGAUAACUCAAAGUUCAAUAAGUGGAAACACUCUGGAUCAAAACUCUCUCUGAAGAAGAGUAAAAGAAGAAGAGACUCAUCAACUAAGGUGGAGAAUUAUGAAAAAGAGUUCCCUCCACCUUUUCCUUCUCAUGGUCAUUCUUCUGUCAGAACAGACAAUCCAGCUGCAAAAAUCAAUGCAUUAAACGAGCUACGAGCUAAGAGGAUGAGGCAGCAAGAACCAAAUUCAUACCGCAAGUAUUCACUUGCAAUCACUGUUCCUAAAUUUGAUUUAAGUGACAGUAGUGAUGAUGGAAAAGAAGGUAAAUCAUCUGAAGAUAACAACAUUGAUGAUAAUUUAGAUGAUUUAAUGGCAUCUAAGUCGAGACCAAUCAGGUAUGAAGAUGUAAAAGAAAUAACCAUUCGUAGAUCAAAGCUGGCUAAAUGGCAUAUGGAACCUUUCUUUGAGAAAAUAGUUGCAGGAUGUUUUGUUAGAGUUGGUAUUGGGAGGACUCGCAACGGUCCAAAAUACAGGCUUUGUGUAGUCAAUAAUGUGUAUGCAACUAACCAAAAUCGACAGUAUGAAUUCGAAGGUCGAAUCACUUGCAAAUGGCUGAACUGUAAAUGGGGCAGCGAAACAUCAACAGCUAGAUGGCAAAUGAUUAUGAUUUCUAACUCUCCACCAACAGAGGAAGAAUUCAAGGAAUGGCUGAGAGAAAUGGAACGUAAUGGAAGGCACAUUCCUUGCCUGCAAGAAGUUGAUGCGAAGAAGGAAGAAAUUCAAAAAACUGGCACUUUUGUAUAUUCACUGAGAACUGUGAAGAUGAUGAUAGAGAUAAAUAAAUCAUCUUCUUCAAGGCCAAUCAAUGUUGCAAUCGAAAAGAUCCGUUUGAAGGCUUCCACUAAAACUGCAGAGAGUGCUGGGAAAGAGAGUGAGGCGGAUAGGUUGCGUGCGAAGCUGAAGGAGUUGGAUGAUUUGUCUAUACAGAUUAAGCCAGUUGAUGCAAGUUCUUUCAGAUUAUUGGAGAUGAAUCGCAAAAAUAGAGCAGAGAAUUAUAAAAAAGCAUCAGAAAUGAAGCCAGUUGAUACAAACUUAAAGUUUGGCGAAGAAGGUUAUGAUCCUUCCGCCAGAAAGUGGACUAAGCCUCUUCUUCAAUGUGUGAUUUAUAAUAAUGAAGAAACCAAAAAUGUUGAUCAUGAUACAAACAAGCAUGAAGAAACUUGCAAGGAAUCCCUUGUGGCAGCCAUGGAGGAGGCUAAAGAUGAAGGGAAACUUAUUGACACUAGACCUCCUGUUGAUCAUGGUGAAGAACUAAUGGCAUUGCAUAACUUUGAAUUGCCGAUUUCGUUGGCUGCUCUGAACAAAUAUCGAGGAGCAGAGGGUGUUCAACGAGGCUUCAUAGAGAGGAAGCGAAAGAUAGAAGCAACCAUUGGGCAUGCAGUGCCUGACGAGUAUGGAAAAAGUAAAGGAUUCACACUCAGCAUUAGUGACUACAAGAGACGCAAAGGUUUCAUUUUGGGUACUUAA